UUGCAGGUUCCAUGUCAUUGAAUUUGUUAUUCUUCUGGUCUAGUUUCUAAUGUGCGUGCCAUAUUAUGUGAAAGAUUGCCAGAGCUAUAUAUAUGAUGUUGAGGAGGCAACUUCUACUGUCUUUGAUAUCAUCUUAGGGCACAAGAUGAUUAAAUCAGAGAAAAAAGCAUCUGUAAUAGCAUUCCUUCAACUUUUGGUGGCUCAUCACCCCUCUAGAAGAUGCCGGAAGGGUAGUGGAGAGAUUCUUGUUAACUUUGAUGAUGAUAUAUGUUCAUCUGAGGCAUUGUCCAAGAACAAAGAUGAAACUGUCAAAUGUACCAAAAAGGGUGUGCUGGGACAGUACCAGAUUUGCGGGAAAGAGGUUUCUCGUGGAAAUUGGUUCCAAAAAGUUGAUUAUGACAAAGCGGUUAUUGAUAUAGUGCAUUCAGAAUGAGCCGAUAUUCUAUCAAGUUAUAUAGAGU